GGGCCCAACACGCGGCUUCACAGAUCGAUGUGUAGACGAUGCAGAGCACCGGUUUCUUGACGUGAGACCCUGCGUGCAUAUUGAAGUUGGACUUGCUUGCCGCUUUAUCUGUUUGUUUCUGUAUUGCGUACUUCUUCACAGCACCUGGUAGCGCUUCAGCGGCCUUUCUUUUUUAAAGUACUAUUAUUGCUUCUCCCAGCUCAGAACGCGCGUCUUCUGCGCUGUAGGUAAAUCAACGUCUUCAAGCAAAUCCGACGCGAACAGCGCGGGAUGAAAGAUCGCGAUAGAAAGGACCACUACGGUGAUCCAGCGCGUCCUCCAGCGACAAAGGAGCAGACGCUGGAGCUGCUGGCGGGUCUGCUGGCCUCCACCCUCGACGAGCAGGCAAGCAUCGCGGAUGUGCAGCGAGCUUUAAGCAACACCUCUGGCGAUGAUGACGCGUGGCGUGUGCGGGUGGCGGAGUGCGUGCAGGCGCGACGAAGUGACGACGACACGGCGGCAGAGCCGUCCGCCACCGCCGCCGCCGCGAUGCAGGAGUGGGUGUGCCCGAUGUGUGAGACGGUCAAUUGGGCCCCCGAUGCUCGCAAGUCGUUGCGACGGCGGCAGGAUGACAGCGCUUCUGCGUCGCUCUCGUCUGCGCAGCUGCGGUGUGCGUGCUGCGGAUACGGCGGCGCGAUCGAAGAAGAGGUGGACGAAGCCGAACAUGAAAAUUGA